CGUCACACGGUUGGAUGUUUUCCUGCUAUAAACAUCGCGUUCGCCGUAGGUGUAGAACACUCACAAGGAGAAGACGGGCUUCUACUUUGUAGCUAUUUCAACACUAAACUAAACAAUAACUACGGAAUAUGUGUCGUUAGUCGACAUUUAAAAGCGGCAAAACAAUGGCUGAAUGCAGCUGCGGAGUAGCCGAUGUGUUGACAGACGAGCGGCGGUAGUCUUAAUCUGGACGCGCAACAGCAAAGUAGGGAAACCUCUCCAAAUUGGAUUGCAAGAUUAUAUUCACUGACGACCAUUGUGUGUUUUUAGUUUUAAAACAACACACAAGGCCGUUUUUUAUUCAGACGCUAGUCGAACGUGAAGAAAUGGACCGAGGUGGCUGUCAAAUGAGUGGCGGUGGUGGAAGUGGAGGCGACGGCGGGCCCGAUCGCCACGGCAUGAUCACCCUGGAGGACCUGGAGUCCUUCUCGGAGGACCAGCCGUCAGACUCCGGCAAUGGCAGCCUGGAGGAGGGUGAAACCAUGGACGACGACUCCGAUCGGCUGCUUCAUUACUGGCAAGACGUUGCCAGGGGACACCAGGUGGAAGUUUCAAACGAAAUGGCAGAACCUAUUCAACAGCUAACCACCAACAACAACGGCCGAAGUAACAGAGAGCACGUCCCCUUCACCCUUCUUUCACAAAAAGAAAAGUGCGGGGAGCUGCUGUAUGAGAAGCGCCAUUACGAGAAGGGCCACUGGGCUUGCAUCACAAUGCGUGAGGACACGUAUGAGCAGAGCAUCUGCUACGGUUUCAUGAGGAUAAUGAGAUACAUCUGUCAGCAGAACUCUUUAGGAGACUACCUGGGCAUGUCGCUGCCCAUCCUAACAGUGGUGCGCACAAACGAGAACCACUCAGUCAUCUUCCAGGAAGUGACGGUGGCAUACUACUUGCCCACUGAGCACCAGGCGCAGCCUCCGCAACCUCAGGACAGCGACAUCGUCAUCGAAGUCUGGCCGGCCGCCAUUGUGUACACAAGGCCCUUCAGCGGCCCCACCAAUGAGCUGACCAUCAUCAAUCAGAUCAACAACAUGGCCGAGCUGCUGGAGUCUCCCGGCGUGUGCGUCAACGACUCCUUCAUCGUGGCCGGCUACACCAACCCGGCGCAUAGCCACCGCCAGAACGAGAUCUGGUUCCUGGAGCGCCGCUGAUCGGGGACGACCACACAAGAGGAUCCCUGGCCUCAUUCAAAUCCCUGACACCGUCUCUAUCCCUCCCUCCUGAGCCAAUAGACUCCUCCUUUAUUAUGCAUUGCCUCCACUCAGCCACACUCCCUUGGGUGCAACAAGUACCUCCGCAGGCCAGCACUCCACAUCCCCUCGAUAAUCGCAACCAAACGGCUACAAUAUUCUCCACAGUGAUGCAAUAUGCAGAAAGCUCUUCAUUCUCAGAGAGCCGUGAGAAGUACUGGACUUGCAGCCUAAUUGUUGCUCCGUUGUCUGUUUGCACAGCUACAAUGUUCUGUAGGUGUUAGUCAGCAAACUCAUUGUAAGCUAAGCCGAGUUGUGAUGUAAAUUCUGUGAGUGUACUUGCUUUUGGUUGUUCAGCCUCGGGAUCACUGCAGGUACACCUCAUUUACUUGGAAUGAUUCAACAGCAAGUGCAAUCCAUUUAUUUCACGUCGUGGACUGUUAGCAUCAUGCGGUGUCGGUUGCCUGGGUGAGACUGUGUUUCUCCUAAUAAUCUUCCUGAAAUGAACGCUAAUUCAGAAAAAACAGACACAUUAAGUGCAUAAUGUAAAGCAGAGAAAGGUGUUCAAACCAAACUCUAACUUUACCGCUGAAUGGCAAUCAAGAAGUUAACAUAGAUCCAAUGCAAACACAAGUCAAAAGCAUUCCUCAUGUUUCCCUCGAAUCUCACAGUCCCCGGGGAAUCAUCCUUUUAGCAGAAAUGCUCUUUCUAAGUGCUACUCUUUUGUGUUAGUGUGCACACUCACUACUGUACCGCGACGACCACUGCUGCUGAGUAGAGACAAUGCAACUUCAUGCAUCAUAGAGAUCUUUGUAGAAAAUAGGCGUUUUUUAUGUUCUAUCAAACUAAAGAGUCUCUAUAAAGUCAGCAAUUGUGUAUUUUCAGUAUAUUCUAUGAUACAAACCAAUAAACCAGCUGUACUCAACAGUAAUAGAGGAAAAUUAUCUUUAUUUUUUAAAAAGGAAGAAACUAGGAAUGACAGGAUAUUACUGCAAGGAGGUGGGUUUUUUUGUUUGUUUCCUUGUCAAACAACUACAAAAACGUGAUAUCACGUCACACUGACAGCAUGAAAGCUGUAACCAUUCAAAAAACGUGAUUUCACAUCAGGGGAUCACUACAAAUACAAAACGUGAUAUUAUGUCACGUUCACAUCAGAUAGUCUGUCACAAAAAAAAAUCCAAAGAUUUUAUUUUUCAAGACUGGAAGUGUUUCAAAGCCAUGAUACUGUACAUGUCAGUUAGUUCCCUCCCCCUGGUAAUUAAAAACCUGCUUAUACGGGAACAACAACCCUACCGUAUUUUGGCUUAUUUUAGUUGAACGUGUGCUGUACUGUGACAAAUUCAAGAGCAGCAGAGCGCUACUGUGGGUUUCUUUUUUUUUUUGGUCAAUAAACAUGUGCUUGUCUCCUGUCUUUAAAUAUGACAAAA